AUGCGAGAAAUCAUCUUUUUACACAUUGGUCAGACGGGUAUCCAAGUGGGCCAUGCUAUGUGGGAGUUGGCCUGUCUCGAGCAUAAUGUUGGAAGGGACGGUGUGCCCGUCUCACUGACACAUGAUGACGGUAUCAGCAUUGGUUCGCUCUUUGUCCACUGCUCCAACGGAAAUUACACGCCUCGAGCCCUUCUCAUCGAUCUGGACCCAACAGUUGUUGACGAGGUUCGUGUCGGUCAUUACCGCAAUUUAUGGAACUCCUCCAACCUCUUCAGUGGUCGAGAGGAUGCAGCCAGCAACUACGCAAGAGCCUAUUACUCCCAAUCGCAAUGUCGACUUAUCGGAGUGCUCGAUAGAAUCCGCAUUCUUACUGAGCAAUGCGACUGCCUCAAUACCUUCAAACUGGUCUAUUCAGCCAACGGAGGCACGGGUUCAGGGCUAACUGCAGCCAUUUUGGAGGAACUCGCAUGUAACUACGGCUCAAAGCAUCGUCUAGCGACUGCAAUCUAUCCCUCUCCACUGUUCUCGCAAAUUAUUGUGGAGCCCUACAAUGCCACUCUGCAUACCUCCUCCACCAUUGACUUCUGUGACUGUGUGACCGUGGCAGAUAACCAAGCCAUUCACAGGAUCGUGAACGUUCACUCGGGUCCCAAUUCGGCCGGAUACACAUUGGCAAAUCGGCUGCUAGCCCGUCUCAUCAAUGCUCAAUGCCUAUCCCAUCGGUACAACUUCAUGGGACAGCAGAAAGUGGAGGUAGGCGAGUUGCUGACCAAUCUUGUUCCCUAUCCCCGCAUCCACUUCCCUACCAUGGCGUAUGCACCAUUCUUCAAUCAAAUGACAGCAACGUUUGAAACGCCCAGUGUGAGUCAAAUGCUGGAGAGGAUCUACGAUCAGGAUAAUCAACUUUCUAGCGUCUGUAUUCGCAAUCAACCUUUCAUUGCAUGUGCGCUGCUCUUCCGAGGCAAUGUCUCACCAUACGAGGUGAAUGAGGCUCUCAAAGCCAUCAAGUGCAACAAGAAGGCUGAAUUUGUCGACUGGUGUCCAACUGGAUUCAAGACAGGUCUCAAUUUUACGCCACCAAUAGAAGUUCCUAGUGAAGGUUUUCCAGGCCUAGACUCUACCUGUGUCAACAUGUUUGCCCAUAAUGUUGGCAUACGUGAGGCGUGGGUUAGAACCGCUGACCACUUCAAUAGACUCUACUCAAAGAGAGCUUUUGUUCACUGGUUUGUCGCCGAGGGUUUGGAGGAAUCGGAAUUCAUUGAAGCUCAGGAAACAUUGACAGGCAUCAUCAACGACUACGAGGAGAUUGGCAAAUCACUUAGUGGCCUCUGUGAGUCAGAACAAAAGCAACAAAGCAAUGUGUGGAUGAUGGAUGAAAAGAAACCGAAAAUUGGAGCAGGUGGUGAUAGCGGUAUGUUCAAAAGAAAGCCACGAUCAAGGUUUGCUUUUAAAACUAAGGAAGGACAUAGGGUUGCACCACGACGUCAAGGCAACAUUGAAAUAAGUCCAAUCAGUUCUAUAAUCUCGUCUAUAACUCCAGAACCAUCAUCUGAGGCGGAAUGCAACACAAAGGGUGUAAAAAAGAACAAAAAUACAAACUGCCUAUCGGAUCCAUCACUCACGCUUCGUCCAACUCCACGACCCAGGCGCUCCCGUCUACUAACCUUCGACAGUAGCCAUCAAGAGGAGGAAAGGUCUUGUUGUUCAGUGUUAAUUGAAGACUUUGGCAGAGGCGACACAACAAUGGAAUCAAUGGGAGAAUAUCAAGAGAGGGAGGGAGAAUAUAGGGACUCCCUCAUAUUACAGUUUGAAAAUAGCCUCUCCACAGUUACGGUAGAUUGGGACGACUAA